CCCAUGCGCUGAACCCCUUUGUUGGUGGGUAAGCCCUUGCUAAGUUCCUGGUUCUUCCUGGCCCUGCUUGAUUCUGUCCUGGGGCUGUGCUUUGAGCCCCAUGCCCUGGUCCCACCCCAAAGAGGCUUUUCCUUUCCUUCAAGAGGCCAGCCUUGGGAAGAACAGAGCUGCGAGGAAGCAGAGCCGCACCUUGGGCUGAGGUCCUUAGGAGGCAGCAAUGAUGACUGGGUCCGUGUUCCUCCUCAACUUCAUGAUUUUAUGGGUGGAAGUUAAAGAGACAAAUAUUGAUUGUAAAAACUACAGAAGGGCACAAAGAAAAAGGGGACCCAUCGUAAGGCCACCACUUAAGUUCUGGACGUGUUUUGGAUGUCCACUUUUGUCAUUUAAUAUUUUCCCUUAAUUUUUAACAGCUGCAUGCUGUGACAUCCCCCUCAUUUGUCAAUGUUAAUACCACUGAGGUGAACAUCCUGAAUCAGAUUUUAGCAGAGAGAUUUACAUGUGGUUUAAACCACAUCCACAAUAUGUGAAGGGGUGUCUGGGUUGAGAGUAAAGGGAACCCCGGAAAGCCUUCUUACUCAAUACCAUCUUUUCCACAUCUUCUGAUUCUGAGAUUCAUUUCUAAUAGGAUUCUGUAACACUGGCAGAGGUGACAGAGCAGUACAGAAAUUCUUAACUCCCAGGGUGUUUGGUGGUUUUGUUUUUUUGUUUUCCUAUAAGGAGAAUGGUCUCCUAACAUUAGGGUAGAGAACAAAGGAGCUCCUAACUCAAGACAGGCCGAAAGUAAGAAAGCACGUUAGCUGAAGAUAUUUACAGAUGUGAUCUUUAAUCCUAGAGGAUUCUUGGGAAAUGGGAAAGAGGCCAAAAAGACAGAAAUGUCCAGGCCUUCGGAAGAAAAUGGUGAACCCAGAAAAUUGCAAACUAGUCAACAUGCUCCCAAGCCCUUGCAAGAUUCUGCAGCAGCCUGUUAAGUGCAUGCUGUUUUAAGCAUUUAGGAGAGAACAGGCAGCUUCUCUGUGGGCCCCAGAGUCACAUGUGGCCCUCCCAGCACAGUUUGCCAACAGCCCUGGUGCUCCCGGGGCCUGGGGCCAGCGGGCUCCCUGUGCCAAGGGCAGUCCGCCUCCAACUGGGUCAGACUCGCCAGCCUACAGGGCUGGAAGGACAGGAAUGUUCUCAUUCCUCACUGAGAAGCAGGACAGCACAGGGGACGAGUCAAGUCUUUGGAGUGGAACUUCCUGGGCCUGUUCUGGUUCCACUCCUUUCAAGCCUCAGCUCCCUCACCUGUUGAGCUGCACUGAUUAUUUUCCUGAGUCCUGGAGGCCACACCGACCUCCUCUGGGUGCCUCUGCCUGGUGCAGGCUGCACGGGGAGCGGGGAGCACAGGCUUCUAGUGUCUCGGCCAUGGCAUCCAGCCAAGUGUGCCAGCGGCUGGGCUCCUCCUCUCUUCCUGCCCUCUCCCUGCUCCUCCCUCUGCCUGGGGCAACACAGAAAGCUGAUUACCAGCAAGUUCCUGGCCUUCUGCUCAGCCUGGGACAAAAAUGGCUGCUAGAGGCGGGGGUCUCUGCAGGUCCCUGUUUGCCUCUCCCGGCCGAGCUUGGAGACAAGCUCACUCUGAAGCCAGGGGACACCUGAAGCCUGAAUACGACGCAGUGGUGAUAGGAGCAGGACACAACGGGCUGGUGGCUGCGGCGUACCUGCAGAGGCUGGGGGUGAACACAGUGAUCUUUGAGAGGCGCCACGUGGUCGGGGGUGCGGCUGUCACCGAGGAGAUCAUCCCAGGGUUUAAGUUCUCCCGGGCAUCCUACCUGCUCAGCCUGCUGAGGCCACAGAUAUACACAGACCUGGAGCUGAAGAAACAUGGGCUGAGACUGCAUCUUCGAAACCCCUACUCCUUCACCCCCAUGCUGGAGGAGGGCACAGGGGGCAAGGGGCCCAGGUCCCUUCUGCUGGGCACAGACAUGGCAGAAAACCAGAAGCAGAUUGCCCAGUUCUCACGGAAGGAUGCCCAGGCCUUUCCAAGAUACGAGGCAUUCAUGAAUCGCUUGGCAGCGGCCAUCGACCCCCUGCUGGACGCAGCCCCAGUGGACAUGGUGGCCUUCCAGCGUGGCUCCCUGCUGCAAAGGCUCAAGUCACUCUCCACCCUCAAGCCCCUGCUGCAGGCAGGCCUGGUCCUGGGAGCCGAGCUCCCCCAGUAUUACCAGGUCCUCACAGCUCCGAUUACCAAGGUGCUGGAUCAGUGGUUUGAGUCGGAGCCUCUGAAAGCCACUCUUGCAACAGAUGCGGUGAUCGGAGCCAUGACAAGUCCCUACACUCCGGGGAGCGGGUAUGUGCUGCUACAUCAUGUGAUGGGGGGCCUGGAGGGGAUGCAGGGCGCCUGGGGCUAUGUCCAGGGUGGCAUGGGUGCCCUCUCUGAUGCCAUCGCAAGCUCAGCCACAGCACACGGAGCAAAUAUCUUCACUGGAAAGACCGUGGCUAAGGUGCAGGUGGGCAGCGGAGGCUGUGUUCAAGGAGUGGUGCUACAGGACGGCGCGGAGGUGAAGAGCAAGGUGGUGCUGUCCAACGCCUCACCUCAGAUCACCUUCCUGAAGCUGACGCCACAGGAGUGGCUUCCCGAGGAUUUCAUCAAAAAGGUCUCUCAGCUGGACACCCAGUCACCUGUUACCAAGAUCAAUGUGGCUGUAGACAGGCUGCCCAGCUUCCUGGCUGCCCCCAAUGCUCCCAGUGGCCAGCCACUGCCCCAUCACCAGUGCUCCAUCCACCUGAACUGUGAGGACACCCUCCUCCUCCAUCGGGCCUUCGAAGAUGCCAUGGAUGGUCUCCCUUCCCACAGGCCUGUGAUUGAGCUCUGCAUCCCCUCCUCCCUGGACCCCACCCUGGCUCCCCCUGGCUGCCACGUCGUCUCCCUCUUCACUCAGUACACGCCCUAUGCGCUGGCCGGAGGCAAGGUCUGGGACGAGCAGGAGAGAAACAGUUAUGCAGACAGAGUGUUUGACUGCAUCGAGGCCUAUGCCCCCGGCUUCAGGGGCUCUGUGGUGGGCAGAGACAUCCUCACACCACCCGAUUUGGAGAGAAUCUUCGGGCUUCCUGGAGGGAAUAUAUUCCACUGUGCCAUGGGCCUAGACCAGCUUUACUUUGCCCGCCCUGUGCCCCUGUACUCCAGCUACCGCUGCCCCCUCCGGGGCCUGUAUCUCUGCGGAAGUGGGGCCCAUCCUGGAGGAGGUGUCAUGGGAGCCGCUGGACGCAACGCAGCCCACGUGGUCUUUAGGGACCUCAAGAGCAUGUGACCCUGAGCCAACCCUGACCCAAGAAGAAGUUGUUCUGAUUCACCACUGAGCUUUCAAGUCCCCCAGUGGAUCAGCUUCCCAGGAAGGAGGCAGCCAUGUCCUCAGGGCUCAAGCUGUCAUUUUAGAAAAAAAUGUACAAGUACUUUAGUGUAAGUUAACAGUGUACCCCAUGCCUCUGUGAAUCAACCAGUUUUGUUUUAUUAAAAGCCUGUGUUUUAUAUAGAUAGUUUGCUAAAUAGGACUCUAUUAGCUGGAUAAACCUGUCUGGGAUACUUGGUAUUUG